AUAAACAACGAGUUUUUCCGCUAACUUGUGGCUGCUGUGACAGUAGUAGUCGCAUUAGUACAUUUUUUCUCAUAUUAUUCAGUUUUAAUUGCUCUAUUUUUAUUAUUAAUUUAUUUUUAAUUCAACAGAUAUUCUGCGUUUUGGUGAAACUUUGUAUUUUUACUGAAAACCAUGUCGGACGCUUUGUCUGACGACGGCAGCGACUUCAACCAGGAUGACACCCAGGAGGAUGUUAUGACCCCGGCCGAGCUGAUCGCUAAACUGGAAGAAGCUUGGCUAAAUGAGAAGUUCUCACCGGAGUUGCUGGAGAACAAAUCAGAGGUGGUGGAGUGUGUGAUGGAGCAGCUGACUCAUAUGGAGUCCAACUUGCAGCGGGUGAAGAAAGGCGAUGCAAAGGCCAGCAUCCAUCGCAUGGAAAUAGACAGGAUCCGCUACGUUCUCAGCAGCUACCUGCGCUCUCGUCUGCAGAAGAUUGAAAAGUAUUUCCCACAUGUCUUGGAGAGAGAGAAGUCUCGGGGUGAGGGCGAGCCAUCUCUGCUGUCGCCUGAGGAGUUUGCUUUUGCCAAAGAGUAUUAUGCCAACACAGAAAGCUACCUGAAGGCUGUAGCACUGAAGCGCAUGCCAGCCAAUGUACAGACUAUGGAUAUGCUCAAAGCAGUGCCUGAGCCCUGCCUGGACUCCUUUGUGUUUCUGCGAGUGAAAGAGAGACAGGAAAACAUCCUGGUAGAGCCUGAAACGGAGGAUCAGAGAGAGUAUGUCGUGGAUCUCGAAGAGGGCUCUCAACACCUAAUGCGUUAUCGAACUAUAGCUCCACUUGUGUCAAGUGGAGCUGUGCAGUUGAUAUGAAUGCAAAGGUUGCUUGUUACUUUGGAUCCAGGAGACAUUCCUGAAAUAAAGACUGCACAGAGAUCACAUCAGGAAG